GAAAUCUAAUAUAUAUUUAUUUAUUUAUUUAUACAUAUGCAUGCAUAUAUAAUAUAUACAUAAUUUUAUUUUAUAGAAUAUAUUGGUUUAUUAAUUCAAUGGUUUAUUAAUUUAAGUAUAUUCAUACAUUUUAGAGAUAUAUCAAUUUCUCCAUAUUAUAUAAUUUUCUUUUUAUUAUUUGUAUAUAUAAUAUUUUAUAAUAAAAUAAUAGUAUUUUUAAUGUAUUAUUUUUUUAAUAUAUUCAAUGUUUUGUAAUUAAUGAGACGAAUAUUGUAAUUCUAAUCAAAUAUAAUUUAAUGCUAUUCUAAAAUUAUUUCUUUGAAUUCUUCUAUCAUAAUUUAAUUACAAAUAAUGUAUAUAUAACAUAUGUAACUGUACACAUAACGAUAUAUAGAAUAGAAAUAAAGAUAAUAAAAAUAAAUAAAUUACAAUAAAAAUAUUUAAAUAUACUAUUAUAAAAAAAUAUAAAUAUUAAAAAAAUAAAAAAGAAAAAAAUAUGAAAAAUUAUUGAAAGAAUGAUACAGGAACAGAAAAGAAUUGCGACGAGCCUGACUAAGGCGGGGCUCGCAUAUACCGCGAAGAGAGGUAAGCGGUUGAAUCGGAUUGGAUUGGGGCGCAACUAGCAAGCAAGCGAGCAAGUGAGGAAACUGGUUUGGUUUUGUAGGGCUUGCACCACUGCACCGUUCUUUUAGCGAGACAGUCCAAUUUAUGCAUUACGGCUAUGUAGGCACUACAUGAUAUCAAAACGCUGCGCCCGGGCUUACUUCACUUACCGUCACCAUCUCUGCAAUAUUAUCGAAACUUUGCAAGUGCCUACAAGACUAAAUUCACUGCAUUAUAUUUUAUCUAAUACAAUCAAGUGUUGAAUGCAAUUUAUAAUAUACAUUUGAAUAUAGUUUGAUAUAACGUGAAAGUGAAGAAAAGUACAUGCAAGUUUAUAUUUGUGUUAACAUUGGUGAUAUCUGUAAUAUGAAUUUUUUAUUGGUUAAAAGCUUGUGACUGUUUUGUGUAUAAUAUUUGGUGCUUCGUUUUAUAAUUUGUUCAAAAUUAAUACUGUGAAGAUUUCAGAUUUUAUACAGAAUUCGCGAAUAUACCUCAGAAGAAAAUGGCUAACUCGUGUCGCUGGGUUCGAGCGUAUCUUUGCGCGUCGUUUUGUGAACCCCGUAGUCUGCAAUCACGUUGACGUCUAUCGCCAUUUCCUCACAGGAGGAUUUUGUUCGAUUACUUUCUAAGGUAUAUGCAAUUAUUCUUGUUAUGAAUAUUGUGAAUAAUUUUUAUCAAUGUGCUUUUUUAAUAAUGCGUUAAUAAACACGAUAAAAAAUUCAUUAGUUAGAAUAGCAGGUGUGAUGUUAUCGCGAGUGUAAAAGUGCAUUGCAUCCUUCAAGAAAUAUGGAUGCAACUCUAUUGCCGGCCGGCAAGCUUUACACAAAAAAUUGCAGUUACAUUUCUCUUGAAGCACAAUUUUGUAUUUUAUAUAUUAAAUACGUUAUUCUGAAACAAUUCAUUAUAAUAAUUAAAUUCUCAUAUUUUAAAGUGCAUUGUUCAAUAAUGGAGACUUCUUUAUUAUAUAUUUCAAAUUAAGGACUAUGGCAGAAGGAAAUGGGGAAAUAAAAAUGGAAGAGAAACAGUCUAAGGAGGAAAUGGAAUAUGUAGAAAGAACAGAAGAUUUUUCAAAGUUGAUUCAAUAUGGAUUAGAUGAAAAAGUAGCUGCAAAAUUAGAUGAAAUUUAUAAAACAGGAAAAUUAGCUCAUGUGGAUUUGGAUGAAAGAGCAUUAGAUGCUUUAAAAGAAUUUCCUGUUGAUGGUGCAUUAAAUGUACUCACACAAUUUCUUGAAUCUAAUUUAGAACACGUAUCAAAUAAAUCUGCAUAUCUUUGUGGUGUAAUGAAAACCUAUAGACAGAAAAGUCGAGCUGGACAAGGUACUGGUACCAGUACUACUCCAAAAGCACCAGAUGAAGACAAAAUAAAGAUGAUUCUUGAACGAACUGGUUAUCCUUUGGAUGUAACAACAGGACAGAGGAAAUAUGGAGGUCCUCCUCCAAAUUGGGAAGGUCCUACACCUGGAACUGGUUGUGAGGUAUUUUGUGGAAAAAUUCCAAAAGAUAUGUAUGAAGAUGAAUUAAUUCCUUUGUUUGAAAAAUGUGGAAAAAUUUGGGAUUUAAGAUUAAUGAUGGAUCCGAUGGCAGGAUGUAACAGAGGAUAUGCUUUUAUCACUUUUACUAAUAGGGAAGCAGCACAACAAGCUGUUAGAGAGCUGAAUGAUUAUGAGAUUCGGAAAGGGAAAAAGAUUGGUGUUACCGUAUCUUAUAACAAUCAUCGCUUGUUUGUGGGAAAUAUUCCAAAGAAUCGAGACCGAGAUGACUUGUUCGAAGAAUUUACAAAGCACGCACCUGGUCUGACUGAGGUGAUUAUCUACAGUUCUCCGGAUGACAAGAAGAAAAAUAGAGGUUUUUGCUUCUUAGAAUACGAAUCUCACAAAGCUGCUUCCUUAGCCAAACGAAGAUUAAGUACCGGUCGCAUCAAAGUAUGGGGCUGUGAUAUCAUAGUUGAUUGGGCUGAUCCUCAGGAGGAGCCCGACGAACAAACUAUGUCUAAAGUGCGUGUAUUGUAUGUGAAAAAUUUGACUCAAGAUUGUUCUGAAGAGAAAUUGAAAGAAAGUUUUGAACAAUAUGGUAAUAUUGAAAGAGUGAAGAAGAUCAAGGAUUAUGCUUUUGUCCACUUUGAAGAAAGAGACAAUGCUGUCAAGGCGAUGAAUGAAUUAAACGGAAAAGAGAUUGGUGGUUCUCACAUUGAAGUAUCUCUCGCGAAACCUCCAUCUGAUAAAAAGAAAAAGGAAGAGAUGCUUCGUGCUAGAGAGCGAAGAAUGAUGCAAAUGUUUCAGGGUAGAAGCGGGGGUUCUCCAUCGCAUCCAAGUAUGAUGGGAGGACCAAUGCCAGUUCGAGGACCAGGUCAAGGUCCUCGAGGUACCGGCGCAGGUAUGCGAGGACAGAUGGGAAGAGGCGAUUAUGCUCUCAUGGAAAUAGAUUAUGAUUACGACUAUUACGGUUAUGGGGAUUAUCGAGGUGGCUACAGUGAUCCAUAUUACGAUGACUAUUAUCGAUACGAAGAUUACUAUUUCGAUUACGCGCCGCCUCCGCCACCUGCCAGAGGGAGAGGCAGGCAGCCUCAACCGGCUGGACGUGGCCGUGGAGUAGUGCCGCGUGGCCGAGUCGGUGGCCCCCAAGUCCGUGGGCCAGUCAGGGGGGGACGCAACCCCGCAACUUCAGGGGCUCGUGGGGUCCAGCGGCUGUCCGCUCGUGGGGGGGUCCGCGCCAAGGGAAGUUUACCAGGUGAGGAUGCAGGUAAACGAAAAUUUGACGGGGGUCACCAGAACCAGGGGGAAUCUAAGCGUCGCUUCCAGAGCAACUGGGGAAACCAACCCCUCGCCCAACAACCACUGGGCAAUGCGUACGGAUUGGCGAGUGUGAAUGGUGGCAGUGGUGGUGGUGGCGGCGGUGACAUAGGAUUCGGAGGUAGGACCGCCACUCUUGGCGGUGUUUCCAGCGAUGAUCACGAAUGGUACCAAGACUCCUACCAGUCAUGGAGCUAACUUCUGCAAGUCUGUGAGUGAAUACGCACGCACGCACUCAUUUAAGUACGCACGCAAUCACGCAUGACGAACGAACGAACGAACGAACGAACGAACGAUCGAUCGAUCGAGAGUAACAAAGUAAUAAAACAAUGAACAACCAAUUUCGAGUUGACCUUAUGCACAAGGAGGAAGAAGCCAAGUGAAAAAAAAAAGCGAACUGGAAAGAAAGGAAGGAAAGAAAAACGAAGGAAGAGGAUAAUUGCAAAAGGAACCCGAAAAAAAAAAUUGAAAAGAAAACGGAGAGUGAAAAUGGAAAAAAGUUUUUUUAUAAAAUACAGAUAAAUGGAGAAAAGAUGAAUCGAACGAGGUUACGUAAUCUAUAUAAUAAUGCUAUUUACUUUCAAUCAUCAAUUUGGCAAUUUGCAAAUGUUUUUAACGCCUACUUUCAAUCAUUAAAUGAACGAACAAAUAUGAGAAAGCGCGUGAAGCGUCGUACUAGGCCUCACCACCAUCGCCCGCUGUUGUCGUCGUGACUAUAUAUAUAUAUAUAUAUAUCUAUAUAUAUAUAUAUAUAUACAUACAUAUAUAUAUAUAUGUAAAUAUAUAUAUAUAUACACAUACAUAUAUAUAUAUAGAAAAUAUAUAUAUAUAUAUAUAUUAUAUAUAUAUAUAUACAGUGAUGUGCCACUGGGACUAAUUACUACAUCGGAGUGACCACCCAACAACCCACCCCGUACUAUUAUUAUUAUAAUAUACAUAUAUAUAUAUAUACAUACAUGUAUAUACAUAUGCAUAUGUACAUAUACACAUAUAUAUCUGUAUGUAUUAUGUAUAUAUGUAUGUAUGGAUAUGUAUACGUAUACGUAUAUGUAUAUAUUAUAUAGUGUGUGUGUAUAUAUAUAUAUAUAUGUAUAUGUAUAUGUAUACACUAAUCUAAGUACUACUACAUUGUCACAUUGUUUACUGCCAAGUGAUACAAAGAUCAGCGAUGUUGACAUUGGGAUUGUGAUGGCUUGUAUUAAUUAAGAAAAAUCACGGAAGCCUGCGAUUUUAUUAUGAUGCGAUUCGACUUUUUGUGUGUAUGUGCUAGAACGCGUGUACGUAAAAUGGAUAGAGAUCGUGGAUAAAAGCAUGCGUAUGUGAAAGAUAAAAAAAACAAUAGAAGUAAUAGCUAAAAGUGAUGAAAGAUGAAUAUGGUGGUGGGAAUACGGAGAAGAAUUUAAGGGAGCCCAUUAAUGGACUGGUGAUGAAGAGAAAUGAGAAGAAAUGGGAAGAGCAUAAGGAGUGGAGAGAAGGUUGGUACGAAAGGAAAGUGAGAUUGAUAGCAGAUUUAUCGAGCGUGAGCUAAAUAUUACAAGUAAAUAGUGAUCAAUUUGAUAUAGCUUUUUCUUUCUUUUUGCUAGAUAAGGAAAGAAAAAACUUAGUAACACGUUUUGCGAAUGCAUGCUUGCAUAGUGUGUGUGCGCGUGUGCGUGUGCAAUGUGCGUGUUCUGCACCUCUGUAUGUGUGUACGCGCGCGCGUAAGAGUGUAUGUUGUGUAUGUGAUUUGCAAGUGUGCAUAUAGGUACACGCGUAUGUAUGUGUGAUGCGUGGAGCGCGCCAAGCGCCGCUAGACCUUCUAUUGUUGGUCUAUAAUGUGUACAGUCAGUGAAACUAUUAUUAUUAUUAUUAAGGGUCAGGCAGGUUUUACAAGAAUAGCAAAAAAAAUGAUGCGGUUAGAAAUCAACGGUUCUACGUGAAAAUACUUCACAUUUGUUCGAUUACGAUCAAGCGACAAGGAUCAGACUAAAAAAAAAAGGAAAAAAAAAAAAUAUAUAAAUCAAAAUAAUGAGAAAGAAAAAAAACUAUUAAAAAAGCAACAAAAUUGAUUAGGAAAAGAUUCGUUUCUAUAAGAAAAUUCCUAAUGACAAUGUCCAAAUAGUAGAAAAAUUAGAAUUUAAAAUUUAUAGCAUAUUUAUCCUUUUUAAGUUUUCGUUUUCUCUUUAAUUCUCUUUCUUUUGUUUCUAUUGUUUUUCUUCUGUUUCCUUUAUUUUUCUUUUUUGUUUUAUUAUUAUUAUUAUUAUUAUUAUUAUUAUUAAUAUUAUUAAUAUUAUUAUUAUAAUUAUUAUUAUUAAUUAUUAAUUAUUAUUAUUAUUAUUAUUAUUAUUAUUAUUAUUAUUAUUAUUAUUAUUAUUAAAAAAAUCGAACAAAGGACCGUUGGAUAUGUACGGGCGAGCAAAACGUUUAGGAAGAAAGAUAUAUCUUAUAUGUUUCGUUUGUAUUUUUAUCUUAAAUUUUACUUUCAAAAUUUUUAUGUUGCGUUUAUCGCGUGGUUCUUACCACAAUGCAGAGAAGUUUGUUUCUAGAACGACUGACUACAGAAUUUGAUAAUGAUAGUCACGGAUUGAUUUAGGAUGUGUAAAGUGUACGCAGCGUUUACAAAUGCAUGAACACAUACAGCACACAUUUUGAGUGUUGACUCGUUGUUAUUGUUAGCCUGUUAGUUAAUUAGUAAGAGUUGCAAAUGCGGGCUAUAGUUGGUCCCUGUCCCUGGAGCCCAGACACCCCCUGUUCUGGAGAAUAAUUGAAAUGAAAAAAAGAAAAAAAAAAACAUAAAAGCGAAGCCUAAUAGCGUUUUACACAUUACCCCCGAAUUGUGACGGAAAGAUAGUUUAAAAAGUUGCGAAAGAUCAUUUCAUUUGUAACGAAGUGACUGCAUAUCACUGUAUUGUCUUAUUAUGAGUAUAGCAUCAGCGAAAAAAAAAACUAGCAUGUACUUUGGCCCUAUUGGAUACAAUGCACACAGAAGUAGGUAUGAGAGAAAUGCAUUUCCGUGUCCGAUUAAUAAAAGGAAUGAGAAGGAAUCAAAAACUUAAAGGCAAGGAACAAAAAAUGCCCACCAUUCCUGUAUUCAUUAAAAGCUCGAAUCGAUCAAUUUUCAUUAACGACAAUCUAUCGUGAUCGAUUUAUUUAGAACGACUCGUAUCGACCAACGUUUUGUUGCACAUUUUAUUCGUAAUUACUCAAGUCAAGAUUUUAUUUCGUCAUUGAUACAAAUUUGGUAGCGAUGACGCAGCAGUAAUCUAACGAUCGAAGUUCCCUCACUUCUACUUCCUGUCCCCGGUCAUGCGAUCGUGUAAGUGAAAGAAAUAGAUGCAUGGAUAAAAAAGGGGAAGGGGGAGGGUAUGACAAAGUAUUUGUUUGAAGCUGAAUGAUAAAAAUGGAUGGAUGAGAAAGGAAGAAAGAAAGAAAGAUUGUGUGUGCGUGCGUGUUGUGCGUGUGGGGAAGGAGGAGCGAGCGAAUGAGCGAGAGAGAAAGAGACGGGGAGAAAGAGAGCGAGAGAAUGAGAGGAUGAGAGAAAGAGUAGAGGGAAACGAAAGAAGCCAGCAAUCGAAAAAAAAUUACUGUCCUUAUACAUACGAAUCAAUAUUAUUACCUUUCAUUCCUUUAAUCCUUUUUCCUCGUAAUUCAUUAUUCUCACUUACAUAUUUUAUACCUACCUAUUCUACUUACCUACACAUCCUAUUUAUAAAAACAUAAUAUCAAGGAUAUAAUAAUAUUAAUAUUAACGAUAUAAUAAGAAUGAUAUUGCUAAUUAUACUGAGUGGGUUUUUGUAACACAAUAACGUUUCAAUAUAAAAGAAUUCUGGUUUUCCUUCGAAAUUAUAAUAGAGGAAGAUAAUAUACUAAUAUAAGGCAGGCAGGUAGGAAGCAAGUAUGCGAGAAAGAAAGAAAGAAAGAAAGAAAGAACGAAGAAACGAACGAACGAACGAAAAAAAGAGGAAAUGUUCAGCUUGCGGGGGCAAGGAAGCAUAACCUGGCAAAAGCGGAAGCAGUUCACGGUGACGAGACUUUAGACUGAUCUAGGUACUAGCGUUACGAUAUUGGCCCUACCCCAGCGUUUAAGGCGCCCCAAUAUUAUAUCAUUUAUCCUUUGCUAUUUUAUACAAGUGACCGGUGUGGCAGCUGGGGUGCCUGGGGGUUAUCGGUCGCAUUUAGGAUAAUGCACCACUGUGGCUGACGAUGCUGUAGCCGCGCGCACCCUUUUACCCGGUCAUUGCCCUAAUUUGCGGCACACAUCCUUGGGAACUUGACUUUUCUUGGUUGGCCCGUGUCAAGCGGAUGUUGUGUGAUUUUUGGGUCGCUCAAUUUAUGUUAAUAACGACCCAAAAAGACGUGUUUUUUAAUUAUAUAUAAAUAUAUUAUAUAUUAUAUUCCUGCGGAUAUGCAUUUUGUGACGUGAUGUUAUUUAGCACUAAUGAGGAAAACAACAAAAGUGAACAAUUGUACGGAAAGAAAAUGAAAGAAAAAUGUUAAAAAAAAAAAAAUGAAAAAAUGUACGUAACACUAUUCACAUGAACAUAUAUAUGAACGGUUUAUGUUUCUCGCGCCACACAUGCCACAUGUCAGCUCCAUGGCUAAAAGUGAACGAUAAAUUUCAAAUGACCAAAUUCCUUUAUCGUUGAUAAUUGCGUUUUCAGAUUUCUUUUUAUUAUUCAUCAUCUUCCAAUUGCUUUGCUUUUUUUUUAAUUCCUGCAAUUUUAAAAGUUGUCUCUAAUUUUAGUGUGACGUAGUUAAAUGUAAUAAUUAUUGAUGAAUUUAAAAUAAUGUUGAAAUGGUUCCUUUUUCGGGCUAGGAGCUUGAUUUAAAGUGUCAAAGAUUUUUGUGUAUGACCAGAUGUAUUCUACAUGUCUCAAUAAACAGUUGUAUGUGAAUUACCUUUCUUAAA